CGCGUUCGGCUGAACGGUCUCCAGUUAACACGGUCGCCUCUUUAACCGUAACACCGGGUGUAGCGUCUCCUGUCUAGCGGGUCGGAGCUGGGAUGAGCUACUUCGUUAGCCUCUUGGAAGCUAACUAGAGAUGACGUUGCUUAGCUACAGCCUCGCGCGCUAACUGCUUCCUACACUCAUGUCUUUGUGCCUCGCAGCUGCUGCAUCUGGUACUGUGACGUCACGCCAAGGCGGCCAUGGCGUGGAAGUCGAAGACCCGCAACGUGGCGGUGGUCGACACGGAGCUGAGCGCGGACGCGGUGGAGUGGUGCCCCGUGGCGCCGAGCCACGACGUCCUGGCCUGCGGGACGUACCAGCUCCAUGAGGGGGUGGGGGAGGAGGACGCCCCCCCGACCCGGACAGGUCGCUUGUACCUGUUUGAGUUCCGGGAGGAAUCCAGCAGCGCUCCUCUCAGCGAGCUGCAGCGCCUCCACACGGCGGCCAUCUUGGACCUGAAAUGGUGCCACGUGGCGCUGUCGGGGCGCGCCGUGCUGGGGAUGGCCGCUGCCACCGGAGAGCUGCAGCUGUACACGCUGUGGGACAGUCAGGAGGGAGGCGGCCGCAGGCUGCAGGCUCUGAGCUGCCUGGAGGUGGGAGCAGAGCGUCUGGCUCUGUCAUUGGACUGGUCCACUGGACGGAUGGACAGCAGUGAUGUGCGGGUGGUGUGCAGUGACUCUGCGGGGGGGCUCAGCCUUCUCUCAUUGGCUGAGGGCUCUCUGGUGGCUGUGGUCCAGUGGAAGGCUCACGACUUCGAGGCCUGGAUCUCGGCCUUCUCCUACUGGGACACGCAGCUCGUUUACUCCGGUGGUGAUGAUUGUAAACUCAAAGGCUGGGAUCUGCGUGUUGGUCCUUCUUCACCAACGUUCACCAGUAAACGACACUCGAUGGGUGUGUGCAGCAUAGUCAGCAGCCCCCACCGGGAGCACAUCCUGGCUACAGGCAGCUAUGAUGAGCAGGUGCUGCUGUGGGACGGCAGGAGCAUGCGUCAGCCUCUCAGCGAGACGCCGGUGGGCGGCGGCGUGUGGAGGCUCAAGUGGCAUCCGACCAAUCGGCACCUGCUGCUGGCCGCCUGCAUGCACAACGACUUCCACGUGCUGCACUGCCGGCGGGCGCUCGAGGGCGCUGGAGGGGCGUGUCCCGUCGCCGCCUCCUACAGCCUCCACGACUCGCUGGCCUACGGAGCCGACUGGUCCCGGCUGACCCCGGAGGAGCCGGAGGAGCGCCUCGCAGAGGGCGGAGGUCACCUGAGGAUUCAGGACGAGUCUCCCACCGCCAGCUGUGACCCGUCCGUGGAGGCCGCUGCAGGCGGUGCGGCGCCCUCCGGGACCCCCGAUGCAGGCCCCGCCCUGAAACCUGACGGGGAUGCCCAAUCGCUCUCCUCUCUGCUGGCCAGCUGCUCCUUCUAUGACCACAUGCUGCACGUGUGGCGCUGGGACUGGACUCCGGCUGCAUGCGUCCUGUAGGAUCAACACCACACACCUUCAUUAUGGACCACGUGGUCCUCCAGAGGAGCUUCUCUUCAUUUGGACCCGUCGGGCUCCUGGAUUCAGUGAAGCAUGGACAUGUUUUAGUCAUGAACCUCGUCUCUAUGAUUGGAAACAUUCUCACAGGAUAACAGAGAAAUGAGCCACUGAGCUGCUGGUUACACUUCCUGGUCAUGAGAGCAGAGUGAAAUAUACGCUAUUAAAUCCUCUGUUUAGGAGAAUAACUAUCAAUAGCCUCAGGAUGAGGCUUUGUCACGAUGCCAAAUUUAGAACUUCGAUACCAUAUCUGCCAUAAGUAUCACGAUACGGCUCUAUUUAUUUAUAAUGGUAAUAAAUAAAACAUCUGUAUGGUUCCCUUUAUACCAGUUUUUUGAACAGUGAGAUCUGAUCGUGCUAUUUUAAUAAAGUAUCGAUACUAAAAAAUA